GAUUUGUCCAAAUCUCGGUUCGGACAAAUCGGUUUCGGUCUGAAUCUCUUUAUUUUCUGGUUGAGAGAAAAAUGCUUAAGAAGACUUGCUCCGAUUCGUAUCGUCGUCUACUUGCUCCGAUACCCUCGUCGUCUUCAUCUUUAUCAUCUACAUCGAGAAACAGAACAGAGAUCGAACUUCUCACAAGAAUCAUCAAUGAUCAUCCAUUCCCAAAUCAUCCAAUUCAACCAAUUUUCACCAAGCACAUCCCUUUAUCCUCUCUAUCACCGGAAUUUGUAUCAGAUGUUCUCGGUCGUCUCUUCGCUGCUCAUUCCAAUGGCCUUAAAGCUCUCGAAUUCUUCAAGUAUUCACUUAAAAGCUCUAAUUCUUCUCCCACCUCUGAUUCAUUUGAGAAAACACUUGACAUUGUCGCACGGAUGCGUUAUUUCGAUCAAGCUUGGGCUUUAAUGGCGGAAAUAAGAAAAGAUUAUCCUGAUUUGUUGAGUUUCAAGUCAAUGAGCAUCCUUCUCUGCAAAAUCGCCAAAUUUGGGUCUUAUGAAGAAACUUUCGUGAAGAUGGAAAAAGAGAUAUUCAGAAAAAAAUUUGGUGUCGAUGAGUUCAAUAUUCUGAUAAGAGAGCACAUGUGGCAAGAAAGAGGCACGUGUGAAGAGAAAGGAGAGUUAGGAGAUCUCUUGAACAAAUCUCCAUUGUUAGGGUUCUUGAGUUUGUAUCUUGGGUUGAGAAGUGAUAAGAGAGGAGUUUCAUAUCUCAAUUCUUAUCAUAGUCUAAUGAAGUGCGGAGAUGGUAUUAUUGCCCUCAUGGCCACUGCACUGUGUGCUCGAAGAAGAGGCAAUGAUGCAUUUGAGUGCUCGAGGCAAACAGUGGAGAGAGGAGGGUGCGUAAGCGAACCAGUCUAUCGGAUGUUAGAGACCUCAUUAUCAAGUAACAACGAGUUGAAGAAACUAGAAGAACUCAAGGGAAAGAUACAAAAACUUCAUAGCUUUUUGCCACCUCCUGGAACACAGCUAAUCUAGAAAAGAGCUUCACUGUAAUCAGUUCUUGUUUGCAGACCAACCAAAUUGAGAGACUAGUAUGUUGAUUCAUAAAUUUUUUGUCACCCAAUUUUGAGAUUUGUAAUUGGGGAUUGUUGUUUAUGAACCAGGAAGACAGUAUUGUGUGUGAUUCAGACAAGCUUGUGAUUUUACAUGAACAACAGAAACAAAGGACCAAGCUUUUUGAGCCAAGAGCAAAGUAGACAGAGUUAGACAUUAUAUGGCUACAGAUUUACAGCUAAUAACAUCUAUAUCAUCAU